GCGGAAAUGAAGACUGUGUUGGUGUUUGGCUUCCCAAUUGGUAUACAAAGCAGUCAGAAGGAAAAACUGGAUUUUCUAUGUUAAGGGAUCAGACGUUUCUCAGGAGAACUAAAAAUGUGGCCCUAAUGUGUUUGGAUGAGUUCAGAAUAAAGCUCAAUGCAAAUAAACUGCACAGUUGAACUAUCUUAAGACACUGAGACUCAUACAGGGAGACUGGGCCACCUGGACAGCACCAGGCCAACAAUUUCAAGUGUGGAAGGAAAAAUCUAAUGGGGAAGAAAAGCAGCUUUUUUUUUAGAACAAAUAUAUCUUGCCUGAAGAACCUAUUGAACUGUGGUCUCCAGGGAUACCGGCUCCUGCACAAAGAUUUCCUACAAAGUGCUUCUCUGUGAGGAGGAUCAUAUUUCACAGAGCAGAGGGGGAGAAUGGAUACUGCGCUCAGAGGUUUGUCACUGCCUGAAGAACAAUUGUAUGGGAGUGACUCAGGGGAAAAUGUUACAUCUCUGACUGCCCUAACUCACACUGAAAACAGUCGGGAAGGAAACCCAUAUUCAAUACAUUUAAUUGGUCAGCAAACCAGUGCUGCAUCAUCAGACCUGAAAGCAUUCAACAACACUAGAACUUCCUCCGAAAGGGCAUUUUGGAAGAUGCAGCUGCUGAAGAUUAUUCACUUCAGGAGAUGCAAAGUCCUUCAACUUAUGAGGCUGGUGUGAACUUGGCCAUGUUUCCAGAAGAUCAUGCAAAGGAUGAAGAUUUCAAGUGUUCUCAUUGUGCAAAGACCUUCAAAGAAUUAUCCUCAUUUACUGCUCAUGAGCGGUCCCACAAAGACGAUAACCCACUGAAAUGUAAGGUAUGUGAUAAGGUCUUCAUGCACUUGUCAAGUCUCCUAAAGCAUCACCGCAUACAUACAGGUGAGAGGCCAUUUAAGUGUGAGGUGUGUGGGAGAGCCUUCUCUGUUUCAUCGAGCCUUUUACAACACCAACGCAUCCAUACAGGUGAAAAGCCCUUCCAGUGCAAUGUCUGCCAGAAACGCUUCACCGAAUCCUCUUCGCUCAGAACACACCAGCACAUUCACACAGGCGAGAAGCCUUUCAAAUGCAAUGAGUGUGGUAAGGGCUACAGCAGGUCUUCACAGCUGCUAAUCCAUCAACUCACGCACACUGAUGAGAAACCUUUUCAGUGCACCAUUUGCCUGAAGGGUUUCAUCCAGUUCACCCACCUGACCAAUCACCAGCGGGUCCACACUGGUGAGAAGCCAUUCCAGUGUGAUCUCUGUCAGAAGCGUUUUGUUUCCUUCUCUUCACUUGCAUCACACCAACACAUCCACACGGGUAUGAAGCCUUUCAAGUGUGAGAUGUGUGACAAGACUUUCACGCAGUCGUCAAACCUCCUGAAGCACCGGCGCAUCCACACUGGUGAGAAACCAUUCAAGUGUGAGGUCUGUGACAAGACCUUCACCGUGUCCUCAAGUCUCCUGAAGCACCAACGCAUCCACACCGGGGAGAAGCCUUUCAAGUGUGAUGUCUGCUCAAAAUGCUUCAUUGAUUCCUCUUCACUGACCAGGCACCAGCGCAUCCACACAGGUGUGAAACCAUUCAAAUGUGAGGUAUGCAACAAGGUGUUCGCAUUGUCAUCAAGCCUCCUAAAACAUCAGUACAUGCAUACCAGGUAGAAGACCACCCACUGUGAUAUUUGGAAAUGCUUCACCAUCUCCUGUUUGGUCAGAUUGUGGAAGUCCAUCCACGUAGGACAAAGACCAUUGAAUCACCCUGCAUUUAGGAGGGGCUUCAGUGUGUCUUACUGAUAAGUAUUCAUUCCAAGAGUGUCAGUUUCAAUUAUUUCACUGACUUCUGGCAUGAGCAGUUCAUCAUCAGUGAGAAGUUAUACAAGUGUGAGAGGUUAGCGUUUGAAUUCUUUUGCAUUCAUGAUUUCAUCGUAGCAUGGAAAUAGCUGAACUUGUGCAAAAGGUCAGGCAGGGUUAAACUUGAGUUAUGACCAAAACCAUACACAUCCAUGUUUUUCCACUGUAUUUUGUAUCCAACUUCAAGAUUCAGUAUCCUAGGAUCAAGCUACUCCAACAAAACCAGAUCCAUGUACACUAUUGUAUGGGUCAUUGUAGUCCUGUCAUGGAGUCAUAGAGGGUACAGCAUGGAAACCAAGCCCUUUGACCCACUGAGGCUGCAGCAACCAUUAAGCACCAUUUACACUAAUCCUACAUUAAUCCCAUUUUUUUAAUAUUCUCCACACAUUCUCAUCCACUCACCUCAGAUUCUACUACCAACCCGCAUAUCUUUGGGAUGUGGCAGGAAACCGGAGUCAUUUUUAGUGAUUGUUCUUUUAAAAAAAAGCCAAGUUGAAUGAGGGAUUGAUCGAUUUUAAAAAUGCUUAUUUUUGCUCACAAACCCACUUUUCUGUAUUAAAGCAAUUACUGUCAGAUUAAAGAUGUGCAGGGCAGGUUUUUUUUACACACUGGUAGGUGCCUGGAAUGCACUGCUGGGGGAGGUGAUAGAAGCAAAUGUGAUAGCAACACUUGUGAGGCAUUUAGACACGGGUGCAGACCAUGUGUAUUCAUGCAUGGCCCGUGGGCAUCACAAGCAGCAUUUAAUGCCCCUCCCCUGGUUUUCUUGGUGGUGUCAGUUGUCUGCUUAAAUGACUUUGGUUCUUGUGAAAGUAUUCCCACGGUUAUCUAAAGGUAGAGUUAUGGAUUUUGACUCGGCAAGAAUGAAGGAUCAGUAUUCUACUUUCAGCUGUUUUGUGACUUUCUUUCAUCUGAUGGUGGUGGCAUUCCCUUGCUCUCACUCCCGUCAUCCUCCGAGGUUGUAGAAAUUGCAGUUUGAACAGCAUUGCUGAAAAAAGCACUGACCUGCUACAGAUGUCUAUUAAAGCUGGAAAUACACUUAACAUCAUUAAACUGGAUUCAUGAGGAUGUUGUCGAGAGUGGAGGGCUUGAUGUUAUAGGAUAGGCUGGGACAGUUUUCUUUGGAGCAUAGGAGGCUGAAGGGUGACCUUGUAGAGGUUUAUAAAAUCA